GUGGAUAAGAUUUUCUGACGUUUCUGUCCAAACAAACAACACAAAAAAAAAAAAAAAAAAAAAGAGAAGAAAUUUUCUCCAGAUAUCACUUCACAAUAGGAGCACUUGAAACACCACUACAGUCCCGCAUGGGCUACAUGCCCAUGGAAGCUCUGCAACCAACCAUGCAAAUCCAUUUCUCACUCCACAGUAGUUCUCAACAAGAGGUACCCGUACCCUACCCCCCCCCCCCUACAAAAAAAAAUCUUGGCAACUCAUGUCUUUUAUUUUCAGAACUACUGUAAAAUUAUGAGACUGCAAAUUUGCUCUGCGAAGCUCAGACUCCCACUUCAUCUUUCUUCUGAAGCUGUGAUCUUGAACAGUGGAUAGAAUUUUAGACACCCCUGUUAGUUUUGAUUCUUUCCCCCUUCGUGCUUUUGGAAACAAUUUCGCAGAUUGGGAUUUUGACUGAUUUCAAGUUGGGUUCUGUAGACUUGAAUUUCCUGCUAAUUGCUAUUCUCAUAUCAUUUGUAUUUUGUACCCUGCUUGAGUUAUCCGUAAUAAACAUGCAUGAUAAGAAUUUAGCUCAGUGCAGAAAGGGUUGUUUAAUGUUGGCAUAUAUUUAAAACUUGCAAACUUGUAAUUGAAUUACUCUGGCCUGUCUGUGGCACAGUUGAACUAGCACAGUAAUUGGAACAGAAAUCCAUUCAGUCUUCUUUCUAUUUCUGAGGAAGAUAUGAAUUGAAACUUUCGUGAAAGUAUAUUUCUCUCGUCUCUUGAUGGGGCAGCUACCAGAACAGGAUUCUAAUCCAGGCAGUAAGAUUUGCUGAGACAUUAGGAAGCAGCUAGAUAAGAAAUGGGAGAAUUUGGUGAAGAGGAGGUCCAUUCUGUCACCCUGAUUAAGCAUCAAGAGAGAAGGAGUGCAAGCAAGAAAAAGGUUCAAGCAUCACCAGUCAUGGGACUGCAUCUGCAUGAGGACCAACUACGGUCAAGUUCAACUUCUGCAGGUUCACAAAUUCAGUCCCAGUGUGUUGCUUGUUUGGGCAACAAUAGUUGUCAGACAGUUCUUUCAAGAACAAAACUGAUGAAGACAUUGAUCAGAAAGGGGAAGUCUCGGGAAGUCCAGUCCAUUUUUGAUAGUUUAACAGAAGGAGGACAUAGGCCAAGCCUUAUAACGUACACAAAUCUUUUAACUGCCUUGACCAUCCAAAAGCAUUUUAAGUCCAUUCGCUUACUCCUGUCUAAAGUGGAGGAAAACAGCCUGCAGCCUGACUCGAUAUUUUUUAAUGCCAUGAUCAAUGCGUUCUCUGAAUCUGGAAAUAUAAAAGAGGCCAUGGAAAUCUUCCAGAAAAUGAGGGAGAGCGGGGCUAAACCCACAACCAGCACUUUUAAUACUUUAAUUAAAGCGUAUGGUAUAGCUGGUCAGCCCGAGGAAUCUCUAAAACUGCUGGAGAAAAUGUCACAUGAAGAAAAUGUGAAACCCAAUGACAGAACAUACAACAUUCUCAUCAGAGCUUGGUGCAACAAGAACAGCAUAGCGGAAGCAUGGAAAUUGGUUAAUAAGAUGGUGGCAUCUGGUCUGCAACCUGAUGUGGUCACGUACAACACACUAGCUAAGGCUUAUGCUCAAAAUGGGGAGACAAGUAGAGCUGAAGGGAUGAUUUUGGAGAUGCAGACUAAUAAAAUCAAACCAAAUGAGCGGACUUGUGGCAUUGUAAUUAGUGGUUACUGUAAAGAAGGUAAUAUGACAGAUGCCUUGCGGUUUGUGUACAGGAUGAAAGAUCUUGGGGUGCAUCCAAAUCUUGUUGUCUUCAACACUCUCAUAAAAGGAUUUCUAGAUAUUUCCGACACUGAUGGAGUUGAUGAGGCACUGACAUUGAUGGAAGAAUUCGGGGUCAAACCAGAUGUGAUAACAUUCAGCACCAUUAUGAAUGCUUGGAGUUCUGCAGGAUUCAUGGACAGGUGCCUUGAGAUCUUCAAUGACAUGGGGAAGGCUGGCAUAGAACCUGACAUCCAUGUAUUCAGCAUUCUUGCGAAAGGUUAUGUGCGUGCUGGAGAGCCUGAGAAGGCUGAGUCAUUCCUCACGUUCAUGAGCAAAGCCGGUGUGCACCCAAAUGUUGUAAUCUUCACUACCAUCAUCAGUGGAUGGUGCAGUGCAGGCAAAAUGGAGUAUGCUUGGAGGGUUUAUGAAACAAUGUGUAAAAUGGGCAUUUCCCCCAAUGUGAAAACUUUUGAGACCCUUAUAUGGGGAUACGGGGAAGCAAAACAGCCUUGGAAAGCAGAAGAAUUGCUCCAAAUCAUGGAAGAGAAUGGUGCUUCUCCUGAGAACAGCUGUAUCCAGCUUGUUGCAGAUGCAUGGCGUGCUAUUGGUUUACCAAGGGAAGCCAAGAGAAUAAUGGAUGAUGCGAAGGAAGCGUCUGAAGUGGUAUUGAACACCAGGGAUGAUGGUAUACCUGUGGAGAGGAUAUAUCAGAAACAAAACUUGAGAGCUUCUUCUGCCAAUCUUUUGCAGAUACCAGGAGUAGCUUUAAUCAAUCAAAACGGCUCUGCUGCCACUAAUAUGAGAAGCCGAAUGGUUCUAAAAGGGCCUUGGUUUUUCUGUGAGAGCUUAUGUGCUGCUGCUAAAACCACAUUUCUUUCUCAUUCAUUUGGGUUUGGGGUGAAACCGCUUCUUUUGUGUUAGGAGCAGUUUCAAGGCUGCAUUGAUAGCUGCUUACAGUUUGUGUUCUUGAGCUGAAGUCAAGGAGAGAUGGGUGCUGUGAUGCUAUCUUAAUCCGAUUUUUAGUGAAUACAAAUUUCGUGCCUACAAAAUGAUUGGUACUAGAGAAUGAUUGUUAGCUCCCAAGAAAGGAGGAAUAGUAGUGAAGCCUCUUUGAUUUCAUCGGACAAUUCGAACCUAUAUUUAUCAUAGUGAAAUUUGUUCAUUUUUCAAAUCAAAUUAUCAAAUUUGGCGUAGUGUAUCUUCUUACAGUGUUGUACAUCAACUGUUCAUAAUUCAAGGGCAGAUGCAUACUAUCAUCUUCUUCACCAAAGUAGCAAAAAUCCUUUAAUUUGCAAAACUGAGAAUUGUUUCAGUUCUCU